AGGACUUUUCGAAUGUAAAUGGGCCUUACAUCCUCCCAGAAUAAUUUGCGAAUUUUCGACCGGCAUUUAAGCCGCAAGUUUUUCGACUAUUUAAUCGUGACACACUGUCGCCACCUAUUAACCUUUAACGUCGAAUGUGUCAACUUCAGCGCAGACUUAGAUCAUUCACUGACACCGCUCCUACGUAAGAGAAAUCACGUCGGUUUGUUAUGUACACGUAGUAGUAGUGGCCAUUCAAAAUGUGGCAGGAGUGCGUUAAUUAAAGGGAGAUUAAUUCACGCCAUGUGUAUGUGGCAGUAAUGUAGUUUGAUAUGACAAUAAUAUAUAAUUAUUUAAAGAGUAAGUAAUAUACUUCAUCGCUUGGUAAUUCGAGUCCUUUGGCAAUGACGAACAUGGCAGCGACGGGUGAUACUAAUCUUGAUUUCAAAGUAACAAUGGAGUACGCUGACCCUCAAAAUGUGGAGGGUGAGAUGACAGUAGGGACUAAAAAAAGUUCAAACCUGGGAGAACCUGAAUUUAACACUUUAGAUGAACCAAUUAAAGAUACAAUCCUCAGAGAUGUUCGAGCUGUGGGUAAAAAGUUUUUUCAUGUUUUGUACCCCAAAGAGAAGAAAAGCUUACUGAAAGAAUGGGAUCUUUGGGGACCUUUAGUAUUAUGCACAUUUAUGGCAAUGAUAUUACAAGGUUCUUCUGACACAGCAGAUGACUCUAAUGAUGGAGGACCAGAAUUUGCUGAGGUUUUUGUAAUUGUAUGGAUCGGAUCUAUGGUUGUUACAUUAAAUUCCAAGUUAUUAGGGGGCAAUAUAUCUUUCUUCCAAAGUAUAUGUGUGUUAGGAUACUGCUUGCUGCCAACUGCUAUAGCUCUAAUUUUAUGUAGAGUUAUACUGAUGGUAGAACAAACAACUUUCCUGUUUAGUUUAAGAUUUAUUAUUUCCAUGAUUGGAUUCAUAUGGGCAACAUAUGCAUCAAUGGCAUUUCUUGGCGACAGUCAACCAGUAGGAAGAAAAGCUUUAGCUGUAUAUCCAAUAUUUUUAUUCUAUUUUGUAAUUUCAUGGUUGGUGAUAUCUCAUACUACAUAAAAUAAAAUUCGAUUCGUUUAUAAUAGUAAGACUGUACAUUAUCCAGUAUUUGUGCACAAAGAAACAAAAAGAUUGAAAAUCAACAAUAGCCUACUAUAUACUUUACUACUACAAUAUACUUUGUAAUUCAUAGAAUUUAAGAAUAUAUUACACUAAGUUCUCUGUAGAUAAAAUGGUAAUGCAUAUAUUAUUUAUUACUAUGCAUUUUAGGGAAUCAUCUGUUCCAUUAAUUUAAAUUAUCCAAACAUAAAAUUCAUGAGGAUAUAAAACAAUAAUUGAUUAAAUAUUAAUCAAUGAUAGUAAUUAAAUUAGAAAAGUUUAUUGGUUGAGUAUUACAAUUAUUCCAUUUAUAUGAUCUUUUGUGAUGGUUCUUUACAGUUUAAAAAUUGCGUUUUAGUCUUAUCAACCGAGUUUUCUACGAGUCAACAUUCCUAUUAAAAUGCUUCAUUUAUUCACUAAUUUGUGAAACAGAUACAUUUUAUAAAGACAUAAAAAAUUUGUUUACUAGAGAGAAUUCGUUUACUAAGAGAAUUGAAUAAGUCGCAAUUUCUACUUUUACAUAUAUGCAUUAUGUAAAUAACAUUAGCUGUAAAAUUUCAAUCAAACUUGAAAUAAAAUAUAUCAUUUUUGUAAUGUAGAAGAAUUACUGUUUAUUUACCUUUAAGGGACUUCACAUGUGUGAAAAAUAUCUCUCUAACUUUUUCAGAAGAAUUUUACUAUCACAGUGGCCAGGAUAUGCUUUUAAAGAUUUUUUUACUGCAGUGUAACUUGUUUGCAGAUCUCCAACCUUUGAACAAUAAUAUUUAUAUUUCAAUAUAAGAUAAGUAGAAUAUCUUAAAAUAAUAACAUGUUACCUCAUAAGCUAAGUAAGCACUAUUAAAAUGAGGUUCAUAAAUGAAAUCAGCAAUAUUUGCAGCAGCAUGAAAGUAUGUUCUGGCUGCUGUCAAAUUUCCGCUUUUUAUUUGUAUGACUCCCAAAUUGUUAUAUGCUAAGGCAUGUCUAUUAUCGCUUAUAAUAGCAAGUUUUAGGCAUUCUUCUGCCAUGGUUGUGUCUCCUACCGUCUAAAAUUAUUUUUAAAUAAAACUAUCAAUUCGUUAAAUAACAUUAAGUACCGGAAACAAAGAGUGUACAUACCAAAGCAAUGUGAGAAAUAUUAUACCACACAUCUGCUACAUUUUCGUCAGUAGAAAGAUUAAGUGCUCUUUCAAAGCAUGAAAUAACGUGGUCAUAUUGCUGAGAAUAAAAGCAACAUAAUCCAAGAUUAUUGAACAAUUCAACAUUGUAUACACCC